CUCUUCUCUCUCUCUCAAAACAUUUUCCUUGUAAUAACAAUGUGCCACCGCCAGCCAAACUCCUCUGCCCUCUCCUCUAGAUGCCCUUGCCUGCUCUCAAUCAAGGACCCAGCAGAGUCUGACAUACAAACCUUUUUGAUACCCAAAAGCCCAGCACCGAAACAGCAGCAGCAGGAGGAACAUGAACUGCCACCAGAAUUACAGGAGCUACCACACAAGACCCACAUCUCCCUUGCGAUCGAAGAAGCCAUGUCCAUUGCUAAAAUAGCCCUUCCUUUGAUUCUCACUGGUCUUGUGCUCUACUCUCGCUCGAUGAUUUCUAUGAUGUUCCUUGGCCGCCUUGGCGACCUUGCUUUAGCCGGUGGUUCUCUUGCCAUAGGCUUUGCUAACAUAACUGGCUAUUCUGUCUUAUCUGGUCUUGCCAUGGGAAUGGAACCCAUUUGUGGUCAAUCUUUUGGAGCCCAAAAACACACCCUUCUUGGUCUCACCUUGCAAAGAACUAUUCUUUUGCUACUAAUGACUUCCUUACCCAUUUCUUUUCUAUGGCUAAACAUGAAAAGAAUUCUUCUAUUUUGCGGCCAAGAUUUGGCCAUAGCCACAGAAGCACAGUCAUUUCUUCUUUAUUCUCUUCCUGACCUCUUAGCUCAAUCCCUUCUACACCCAUUGAGAAUCUAUCUCAGAACUCAAUCCAUAACAUUGCCUUUAACAUUUUGUGCUAUUCUAUCAAUUCUUCUACACAUACCCAUAAAUUAUCUUCUUGUAACACACCUUAACUUAGGGAUCAAAGGUGUUGCUCUUAGCGGGGUAUGGACUAACUUCAACUUUGUAGGCUCUUUGAUCAUCUAUAUCUUUAUCUCCGGUGUCCAGGAAAAGACAUGGGGCGGAUUUUCAAGAGAGUGCCUUAAAGAAUGGAAAACUCUCUUGAACUUGGCCAUUCCAAGCUGCAUCUCAGUAUGUCUUGAAUGGUGGUGGUAUGAAAUCAUGAUUUUGCUAUGCGGGCUGUUGUUAAACCCAAGAGCAACAGUUGCCUCUAUCGGCAUUUUGAUUCAGACUACUUCACUAAUCUACAUAUUCCCAUCUUCUCUAGGCUUCAGCGUAUCCACAAGAGUAAGUAAUGAAAUGGGUGGUAACCAGCCCAAGAAAGCAAAGCUCGCAGCCAUUGUAGGCCUCUCUUGCAGCUUCGUUUUGGGCUUUUCAGCUCUAAGUUUUACAAUUACAGUGAGGAAAAUAUGGGCUAGCAUGUUCACACAAGAUAAAGAGAUAAUUGCGUUAACAUCACUUGUUUUGCCAAUAAUAGGAUUGUGUGAGCUGGGGAACUGCCCACAAACAACUGGCUGUGGAGUGCUAAGAGGAACUGCUAGACCCAAAGUUGGGGCAAAUAUCAACUUGGGUUGCUUUUACCUUGUUGGUAUGCCAGUAGCAGUGUGGUUAGCAUUUUUUGUAGGAUUUGAUUUUGAAGGACUAUGGCUAGGCCUAUUGGCUGCGCAAGGCUCCUGUGUCGUGACCAUGUUGGUAGUGAUCUAUUGCACAGAUUGGGACUUUCAAGCCCAGAGAGCUAAAAAGCUCACCGGAAAUCUGGGCGUUGUUGAUGCUGGCAAAGAGAUUGAGGAAAACAACUCAUCUAAACCUGAAAUCAAGGUGGAUUCUUUAUACUAUUUUGGUGAUCAGUCACCAGUUUAAUUAAUGUGUCCUUUUCUCUUUUUGCUGGGAGCAUUUACUCUACAUCUAAUCAAAUUCAAUUUUGCUUUUUGAAAA